GCUCAUAUUUACCUGGGGGAGAAACUUGUAGUUGUUCACAAUAUCAGGUCGAUUAAAGGCAUGGACCUUCAAGUUAUUUCGUUCGGCAUAAAAUUAAAAAACCUACAAGUUGUAUAUUUUGAGCACUAUUAUUAUUAAACUCUUUAUGACUCUGUUUUUCAAACAUUUUGGUAACAACUAUACUGAGAUAAGGACUUCUCAUCAGGAAGAAAAAAUACUAGGUCAACAGACAGGUGCAAGGUGAGAAAAUGGCGUUAAUGAGGAGAUUCCUCUGUUGGAAUCUGCAAACUGCAACUUUUGCUGGAUUUAUCUACAUCAUAGUUGCAGCAGGAACAGCCCUCCUGCUCCGAUGCCUAGACAUGGCUUCCGCUUCUCCCUACAUUGAUUUCACUAUCAGUCGUGGUUUUGAUAUGGGAUGGCGUUCACAUCAGAUGUAUGCAUUUCUGGUCAGUGAUGUCAUCGUUUCUAUUUGUCACAUUUUCAUUAUUCUAUUCAGUCUGUACAUGCUGUACAAUGUGACACAGCUGCAUUUUGUGCUGUACAUGACGACAAUGAAAUGGUACAACUAUGCCUUCAUCAUGUACACGAUCAUUGAGUUUUGCUUCUCUGUCUUCGAGUUCUCAUUUUAUGGACUGAACACAUUUAGACGAGAAUUUGUCGUUUUCAUCUGGCUGUGGUGGCUGUUCCGAACAGCACUGAAUAUUGUCGUCAUGCUUGUGUUAUCUGCACGCACAACAGAAAUGGAGGAUGAAAUGGCCAUGGAACUCCGAUUCUCUGACAAGAAAUAUGUACAUUCCUAUGCCUGAAUCUUUGAGCAAGAUUUAUUCACAGUAAUUUACUCUUUGGAACAGCUGUACUGCAAGUUACAAGCAUCAUUUGUCUUUGUAAAAAGAAGUCCUUAAAAAGGAAUCAUUUAAAACCUUAUUUGGAAGCUUCAGAGUAGUUUUGAUACAAAGGUCCACAUAGAUAAGUUUUAGAAAGCUUUUAUUUUACACUAUUUCAAAAAAUAAAUACCCAUGAGAUGAAGUAAGUGAUCUGAGGAAUAAAAAAAAAUAAUGAACUACCAUAAAAAUGUGAAACGUGACAAGGAAGUUGUUGGUUUCGAGUGUUUGUCCAAGGACUUUUGCAAUCAGUAAAAUGUUAAUAUGGAUUUUUUUUAAAAAGAUAUGUGGCCCGCUUUGAGGUAGUAUCUUAAUUUAAAGGGAUCAGAUUAAGGUUAUUCUUCCAUGGGGGGAAAAAAGUAAAGUAGCAGUUUUAGUGAUUUGUGCGAAAAGCAAACUAACAGCAUGCUUUCAAUGAAUAUAAAAUGUAUAUAAUGUGCAUUCCAUAGAUUUUCAUUCAGAAAAUCUUCUGCUCUUGAGGAAAAUUGUAUUAAGAGAGAGAAGAAGACACUAAACAAUAUAACACCUGCUCUGUCAUUGUAUAUAUGCUUACUGUUCAUGACCAUCACAUAAAAUAAUCACAUGUAUCUAUUAAAUUUAAUUUUCAUACCUUUAAAACAGACAUCGUAUGAGUUCCAGUUUGAUCUUGUAACACUUUUUACUGUUGUCCAUAUUUUUAGCAUUUCACAAUACCAUCAGUUGAAAGUGUAAUAAAAAAUUUAGGAUAUAAUGUUCUCUUCCAUGAUUUGCAUAGCAUUUUUGGUCUUGACAUGGUUUUUUUUUUUUUUUGGUUCAUAUCUGGUACAUGCUAUUGGAAACAGGUACAUUCUUGCAUGGGGAAGUGGAUAGCUGAGUGGGGUGAGCAUGGGCAUCUGAAUCAAAAAGCAUGCUCGCUGGAUACCCUAGUGGCACAGCAAACUCUCUACCCCUUUCCUAGCAAACCCAGCUGUUGGGAAUGGGUACCUGAUUCCAUGAGGGUUGACAAAGGUCAAUCAGCAAGAGGGUACUGCACUCACAAGUAAAAGCAAACCCAACAACCUUAUAAAAAAGUGGGGAGAGGGAAUGGGAAAUGCCUUAACAUCUAGUUUAAGAUGUAUAUAUUUUUAUCUUUCUGAUCAUUCCAAAGUAUACAUAUCAAUGCUUUGAAAUAAACAACUUUUUUCACA